GCGGCGGCGGCCCGGCCCUGCCCGACCCAGCCUAGCACGGCCCGGCCCGGCCCUGCCCGACCCGGCCCUGCCCGACCCGGCCCAGCCCGACCCGGCCCGGCCCGGCCAUGCGGGCCGCGCUGACCUGGCGCGACCAGGCCGAGCACUGCAUUUAUGACCUGGCGUUCAAGCCCGACGGGACUCAGCUGAUAAUUGCUGCUGGAAACAGGCUCCUGGUAGGGAAGCGGCUCCUGUCCCCGUCUCUUGCAGUUACAGCUGUAUAUGAUACUUCUGAUGGAACCUUAAUUCAACCUUUGAAGGGUCAUAAGGACACGGUAUACUGUGUGGCUUAUGCUAAAGAUGGCAAACGUUUUGCGUCUGGCUCAGCUGAUAAAAGCGUGAUAAUUUGGACUUCAAAGUUAGAAGGAAUUCUGAAAUACACGCAUAAUGACUCUAUACAGUGCGUUUCAUACAAUCCUCUUACUCAUCAGUUGGCAUCCUGCUCUUCCAGUGAUUUUGGUUUGUGGUCUCCUGAGCAGAAGUCAGUCUCUAAACAUAAAGCUAGCAGUAAGAUUACUUGCUGUAGCUGGACAAAUGAUGGCCAGUACCUUGCUUUGGGGAUGUUCAAUGGCAUUGUCAGCAUACGGAAUAAAAAUGGUGAAGAGAAAGUUAAAAUAGAGCGUACAGGGGGUGUUUCAUCUCCAAUAUGGUCAAUUUGUUGGAAUCCAUCCAGAGAUGAACGCAAUGAUACUUUAGCUGUAGCCGACUGGGGUCAAAAGCUUUCCUUUUAUCAACUUAGUGGCAAACAGAUUGGGAAGGACAGAAUGCUCAAUUUUGACCCUUGCUGUGUCAGCUAUUUUACGAAGGGAGAGUAUAUUUUACUGGGAGGUUCCGAUAAACAAGUUUCACUCUUCACGAAGGAUGGUGUGCGUCUUGGAACCAUAGGAGAGCAAAGUAGCUGGGUGUGGACAUGCAAAGCUAAACCAGACUCCAACUAUGUGGCAGUAGGGUGCCAGGAUGGAACAAUAUCCUUUUAUCAGUUGAUUUUCAGCACUGUUCACGGACUUUAUAAAGAUCGCUAUGCUUACAGAGACAGCAUGACUGAUGUUAUUGUCCAACACCUCAUCACUGAACAAAAAGUUAGAAUAAAAGGCAGAGAGCUUGUAAAGAAAAUUGCAAUCUACAAAAACAGAUUAGCCAUCCAGAUGCCAGAGAAAAUCUUGAUUUAUGAGCUAUACUCAGAUGAUUCUUCAGAUAUGUAUUAUCGGGUGAAGGAAAAAAUAGUAAAGAAAUUUGAAUGCAACUUGCUGGUUGUAUGUUCAGAUCACAUAAUUUUAUGCCAGGAGAAAAGAUUGCAGUGCCUCUCAUUUAGUGGCGUUAAAGAACGGGAAUGGCUGAUGGAAUCUCUUAUUCGUUAUAUUAAAGUAAUUGGAGGACCUCCAGGAAGAGAAGGCCUCUUAGUUGGUCUAAAGAAUGGUCAGAUUCUGAAGAUAUUUGUUGAUAAUGUCUUUGCGAUCGUCCUGUUGAAGCAAUCCACAGCUGUGCGCUGUCUGGAUAUGAGUGCAUCUCGAAACAAGCUCGCAGUGGUUGAUGAAAAUGAUACCUGCCUAGUGUAUGAUAUUCAUACCAAAGAGUUGCUGUUUCAGGAACCCAAUGCUAACAGUGUGGCUUGGAAUACACAGUGUGAGGAUAUGCUUUGCUUUUCUGGAGGGGGUUACCUCAAUAUCAAAGCUAGUAACUUCCCUGUCCAUCAACAAAAACUUCAAGGCUUUGUUGUGGGUUACAACGGCUCCAAGAUCUUCUGUCUUCAUGUUUUUUCUAUGUCAGCUGUUGAAGUUCCACAGUCUGCACCCAUGUAUCAAUAUCUGGAACGGAAAAUGUUUAAAGAAGCGUAUCAAAUUGCAUGUUUAGGAGUGACUGAUGCUGACUGGAAAGAACUGGCCAUGGAAGCCUUAGAAGGACUGGAGUUUGAAACAGCUAAAAAGGCAUUUACCAGAAUAAGAGACCUUAGAUAUCUGGAAUUGAUCAGCAGUAUUGAGGAGCGGAAGAAGCAUGGAGAAAAUGUCAAUGAACUGUUCCUAGCAGAUGUUUAUGCCUACCAGGGAAAAUUCCAUGAGGCAGCAAAGCUGUACAAAAAGAGUGGGCAUGAGAACCUAGCUCUGGACAUGUACUCUGAUUUACGCAUGUUUGACUAUGCAAAGGAUUUUCUCAGGUCUGGAGAUCCCAAAGACACAAAGAUGCUAAUAAAAAAGCAAGCAGAUUGGGCCAAGAAUAUCAAUGAGCCCAAAGCAGCAGUGGAGAUGUACCUUUCUGCAGGCGAGCACAUGAAAGCCAUAGAAAUUAGCGGGGACCAUGGCUGGGUUGAUACGUUAAUAGAAAUUGCUCGGAAACUGGAUAAAGCUGAGCGUGAGCCUUUGUUAAAAUGUGCCUUCUAUUUUAAGAAACUUGAUAACCCUGGCUAUGCAGCAGAAACAUACAUGAAGGUUGGUGACCUGAAAGCAUUGGUCCAUCUCUAUGUGGAGACUCUUCGCUGGGAAGAAGCAUUUGCUUUGAGUGAAAAGCAUCCUGAAUUCAAAGAUGAUGUCUAUGUCCCUUAUGCUCAGUGGCUAGCAGAGAACGAUAGAUUUGAAGAAGCCCAAAAAGCAUUCCACAAGGCUGGCAGGCAGAGUGAAGCUGUAAGAGUGCUGGAGCAGCUAACACACAAUGCUGUGGUUGAAAGCCGAUUUAAUGAUGCAGCCUAUUAUUACUGGAUGCUUUCCAUGCAGUGUUUAGAUAUAGCCCAAGAGAAUGAACAACAGAAGACUGAAAUGUUACAGAAGUUUCAUCACUUCCAGCAUUUGGCAGAAGUUUACCAUGUCUAUCACUAUAUUCAAAGAUAUACGGAGGAGCCUUUCAGUUUCCACUUGCCCGAAACACUCUUCAAUAUUUCCAGGUUUCUGCUUCACAGCUUAACAAAGGAGACUCCUUUGGGGAUCUCAAAAGUUAAUACAUUAUUUGCCCUGGCAAAACAGAGUAAAGCUCUUGGUGCAUAUAAACUGGCUCGUCAUGCCUAUGACAAGUUACAGGGACUGCAGAUUCCAGCUAGGUUCCAGAAAUCAAUUGAGUUGGGCAGCCUGACAAUCCGAUCCAAGCCAUUUCAUGACAGUGAAGAGCUUGUACCCUUGUGUUAUAGGUGCUCUACCAACAACCCUUUGCUAAAUAACUUGGGGAAUGUCUGCAUUAAUUGCAGACAACCUUUCGUCUUCUCCGCGUCCUCCUAUGAAGUGCUGCAUCUGGUUGAGUUCUAUUUGGAAGAUGGCAUCACAGAUGAAGAAGCUGUAGCUCUCAUUGAUCUUGAAGCUCCAAGACUGAAUAAGAGGGAGAAUAAAUGGCAAGAGAUGAUGAGUGACAAUGCACAGAGUUUGAGGCUUGAUGACAAUGCAGAUGUUAUUGAAGAUGAUGAUCCCUUUACAGCAAAACUGAGCUUUGAGCAAGGAGGCUCAGAAUUUGUUCCAGUGAUUGUGAAUCGUGCUGUUCUUCAGUCGCUGAGUCGGAGGGAUGUUCUGAUUAAACGCUGGCCAAAGCCAUUGCGAUGGCAAUACUACCGUUCCCUGCUACCAGAUGCCUCCAUUACCGUGUGUCCAUCAUGUUUUCAGAUGUUCCACACAGAAGACUAUGAGCUUCUUGUGCUCCAGCAUAACUGUUGUCCAUUCUGCCGAAGGAGAAUAGAUGAGUCAAACCAAUGAAGAAAAACAAUCUUAUACCUCAACUGAGAGACUUCCCUACUGACUUGGCAAAGUACUUGUUAGAUUCAUCGUUUUCCUAACAACUUAGUUGUCAUCUUGUUCUGUUUUGUAUGUGAGUGGAACUGAGUUGAAGAAAUUUAACUUUUUUAAAUGAGAAUGUCUGUCCUCUACACUUCUCAGACAAGCAGCUGAAGUGCCACGGAUUUUUACAGGAAGGUUGCUAGGGUCAAGUUCAGACUUGAAGUAAUUGUUUUUACUCCAACUUGUGUUAGGACUUAAUUUGUUCCUUAAUAUGUACCUGUUAUUGUCAGUACUUCAAAUAAAUGCGACUAUUUUUCAGU